GUUUUUUCUUAUAAUGGGCAGGGAAAUGCUGCUGAUAAAAAUGGCAGGCCUGAGCCAAUUGAUUACAUUGUCGAUCAAAACCUUUAUGCAUUAGAGUCACUUACAUCACACACCGAAUGUUUGCAGAAUGUAAAUUCUACGAGUACUGCACAAGUCAAUGUAGAACAUCUAGGUUAUGAAAGAGAGUAA